CUAAUUGCUUGAUGUGCUUUGCCUACCUACUUCGACGUUGCAGCAGCCUGCGCAAACUCCAAGCCGCCCACGCGGUUGCCACCACCACCGGCAUUACCUUUCUUCAGCCCGCCGCCAACCUAACAUCCCUCCUCCAAACCCUAACUCUCCUCCGGCCGCUCCCCCCUCCUUCCCUCUCUCUCCCUUACGCCCUUUCCCUCUUUCACUUCCUCCCAAAUUCCACCUCCACCCUCGCCCACAACCUCCUCAUCCGCCUCUUCCUCUCCGUCGUUCCCUCCUCCCCUCUCCCCGCCAUCCAUCUCUUCUCCCGCCUCCGCCGCCUUUCCCUCCCUCCCGAUCUCCAUUCCUUCCCCCUUGCCCUUUCAGCCUCCUCCCGUCUCCGCCUUCUCCCCCUCGGCUGCGCUUUCCACGCCCAAUCCCUCCGCUUCGGCUUUUCCUCCAACCUCUUCGUUCGCAAUGCCCUCAUUUCCUUGUACACCUCCUGCUCCUCCCUUCCCGACGCUGAAAACAUCUUUCUUGACAACAACCACGCCAUCGACAUCGUCUCCUAUAACGCUCUCAUUCAUGGCUACGCCAAGGCUGGAAACCUUCAAAACGCCCAACAAUUGUUCAACCAAAUGCUUCAAAGGGAUGCAAUCUCAUACGGCACCAUGAUUGUGGCUUAUUCCCAUUUUGGUCAACAUUCUGACGCACUACAACUGUUUGAUCAAAUGCAGUCUGAUGGUUUCAAACCAGACAAUGUCGCUUUGGCAUCAGCUCUCACCUCCUGCGCACAAAUGGGACAGCUAAACCGUGGAAAAGCCAUUCAUGAUUACAUUAGAAGGAAUAGAGACGAGCUCAGUGUUUCACUCUUAACAGGUCUUAUAGACAUGUACGCCAAAUGUGGUGAAAUCAACAAUGCACUCAAUUUGUUCAACGGAAGUUCAAGUAGAAAUCUUUUCACUUGGAACUCCAUUAUAGUUGGUUUAGCGAUGCACGGAUAUGGAAAGCUUUCAUUAGAUUACUUUGACAAGAUGAGAGCUGCUAGAGUUAAGCCGGAUGGCGUCACCAUCUUGGGUGUUCUGGUGGCUUGUAGUCAUUCUGGAUUUGUAGAGACUGCAAGAAGGGUGUUUUGCGAUAUGGAGAGAGUGUAUGGGGUGAGGAUUGAGUUGAAGCAUUAUGGAUGCAUGGCAGAUUUGUUUGGUAGAGCUGGGAUGAUUGAGGAAGCGAUGAAGAUGAUUGAAGAGAUGCCGAUGAAGGGAGAUGGAUAUGUUUGGGGGUCAGUGCUCUCCAGUUGUCGAAUUCAUCAUGGGAAUGUUGAGGUUGCUGAGGUUGCGGCAAGGAAACUACUGGAGAUUGAUCCAGGGGAUACUGGGGUUUAUUCGAUUAUAGCAAGGAUUUAUGCAGAUGCAAGGAGAUGGGAAGAUGUGCAAAGGAUUCAGAGGAUCAUGGAUGCUAUAAAAGUAAAGAAGAAUAUUGGCUUCAGUUUGGUUCAUUUGCCUGGGAAUGUAUAAUGCACGUCAAGUAAUGGUGUUGCCUCAUGGCUCUCUACAAUGGCGGUUACAGCUCCAAUAAAAUCGCAACCAGGAUCAAACAAUGUGUGAAGUGCCUUCAAAGCCGCUUCAGUCAAAGCAAACUCCAUAGUUUUCACCAUCUCUAUCAACGGAUUUACUGCCUUAUCGACUACAAGUCAGAUGAAAUGCUGUUGUGAGCAGCUGGAUUUAUGAACUGGAAAACCAUGUCCUUCCUUCACCGGCCUUCUUAUGUUAACGAGACGGUGACAGGUUAAGUACGAAUAUAGAGAUGAGCUGGGUUCUAAUGAUGAGUCCAUAUUGCACUGAGAUAAAUGAGUAAGAAUUAUGGCAGCUCUUUGCUUAGGGCAUUUCCAACCGAAUGUCAUUUGCUCGUUUGUAGCUCUGGUGAGCAUCCACCGGAACGCCAAAUGGAAACAUUUGUAUUUUAUUUUGGCUGUGAACAGUGCGAAGCUAAUAUUGACGUCACACGAUUCAAAAUGCCAUUCGCCCAUUUUGAUUGUUAAUAAAUAUAAAAACAAAGAUGAGAAAGAAUAUAUACAAAAUAAUUUUUUUGGUGUUAGAAAUGAAAUUCGGUUGGAGAUGAAUAUGUGAUAUGACUGGUACUGCAUUGUGAAGUGGAAAAUAGGUUCUUCUGUUGGAAAUGCCCUUAGCAAGAGGGCUGCCAGUUGAGAGAGUUUCAAUUAGAUCAGUUCGCAUCAGCUUACUGUCUUUUUUCUGAAACUGUGAACUGGAUUGGGAUUUGUUUUCACUAUGUAGCAAUACUCCAAAAUCAUUCUCUAACAACAACUGGUAAAUACUUGAAUGAGGGAUUAGAGCAUAGAUGGAUUUUAGUACAGCUGAGCUGAGCAGGAACUCAUUUAUGCUUUUAUCAUAAAGUGGAAGAUGGAUGAGGAUGCUGGGGCAGCAGCAUAUAGCUCUUCAUCAAUCCGGCUCUCAGCGAGCAAAGCUAUAAGGUAACUAACUACUGAUUCUUUGGAAGGUGAAGAGUCGAAAACUAUAUGAUGGAUUCCUGCAAUUUCGGAUAUUAGCUUCAGUGCAUAAACUUUGACCUGACUAUUCUGAUUUAUAUUGAUGGCAGAGAAGAGAAAGCUCAUUGCAUUAUGAUCAGAAACUAUCCACCUCCUGCUGCAACAGAGUCUGAGCCAUAAAGAGGAGAAGGCGAAGCUGCGAGAUUUGAUCCUUAGGAGCCGAGGUUGUGAUCUGGUUAAUUAUGUCUUGUAUGCCAUUUGAAGAGAAAAGAGUCUGCAAGCCAGGAUGACUUGGUUGAGUCGUCUGAAUGAGUGACAUAAGAAUCUCCUGUGCUUUCUGUUUCACUUCCUCCUCAACAGUUUUGUUAGUUAUGAGGCAUAUUAGAGCAGAGACGGCACAUUCAUUCUGGAGGAAACAAGUCCUUAGUUUAUUGAAUUGAAUGCUAUGAACUGUUUGAUGCAUUCGAGGGAUUCCAUUUUGCCGGACGGAUCGUGGCAGCUGAGCAUCUCAGUUAAAUGAACAAUUAAUAGCUCAUUUUCUAAAUUCCUAGCAGAAGUUUCUGAUAAUUGAAUCUGUUCUAGUUCUUCUGCCAUAUAAGCUCUGAUCUCGCCAGAAAUGCCUACUUAAAUAAAAUAAGAAAAAGUGCAUUAAUAAGCAUUGGGAGUAAGGAAGCUUGUGGAAUGUGUUUAUCAGUGUGUUGGCUCUGGAAGGCAACCAUCGGUUGAUAUGAUCGAGUAAGGAAUGGUUACAGGAGGUUCAUUGAAUAGUGGAUAAAACACUAUAAAGACA